CUACAUUGGUGACCACGUUAAAGUAUAUAACACAUUUUCACCGCGAACUCACCCUUUGUGAUAAUGUCGGCAGAUUAUGAAGAGAGACCCAGAGACAAUGGCCCCGAGGGCAUGGAGCCAGAGGGAAUCAUUGAGAGCAACUGGAACGAGAUCGUGGACAGCUUUGAUGAAAUGAACCUGCGUGAGACUUUGCUCAGAGGAAUCUACGCCUAUGGUUUUGAGAAGCCCUCUGCCAUUCAGCAGCGGGCAAUUCUCCCUUGUAUCAAGGGUUACGAUGUGAUUGCACAGGCGCAGUCAGGCACAGGGAAGACCGCCACCUUCGCCAUCUCCAUCCUGCAGCAGAUUGACAUCGAGCUGAAGGGCACACAGGCUCUGGUCCUGGCCCCCACCAGGGAGCUGGCUCAGCAGAUUCAGAAGGUGAUUCUGGCCCUGGGCGACUACAUGGGUGCCUCCUGCCAUGCCUGCAUCGGGGGAACCAACGUGCGGAACGAGGUGCAGAAGCUCCAGGCAGAGGCACCCCACAUAGUGGUGGGAACCCCGGGCCGAGUCUUCGACAUGCUUAACCGCAGAUACCUCUCUCCCAAGUACAUCAAGAUGUUUGUGCUGGAUGAGGCUGAUGAGAUGCUGAGCAGGGGGUUCAAGGACCAGAUCUACGAGAUCUUCCAGAAGCUGGGCACCUCCACACAGGUGGUGCUGUUGUCUGCCACGAUGCCCAUUGAUGUGCUAGAGGUCACCAAGAAGUUCAUGCGGGAACCGGUGCGCAUCCUUGUGAAGAAGGAGGAGCUGACGCUGGAGGGUAUCCGCCAGUUCUACAUUAAUGUGGAGAAAGAGGAGUGGAAGCUGGACACCCUGUGUGACCUAUACGAGACCUUGACCAUCACUCAGGCGGUCAUCUUCAUCAACACCCGGCGGAAGGUCGACUGGCUGACGGAGAAGAUGCACGCCAGAGACUUCACAGUCUCUGCCUUGCAUGGAGACAUGGACCAGAAGGAGCGUGACCUGAUCAUGAGAGAGUUCCGCUCAGGGUCCAGCCGAGUUCUCAUCACCACUGACCUGCUGGCCAGAGGAAUUGAUGUGCAACAGGUGUCCCUGGUCAUCAAUUACGACCUCCCUACCAACCGUGAAAACUACAUUCACAGGAUUGGCCGCGGGGGCCGUUUCGGCAGGAAAGGGGUGGCCAUCAACAUGGUGACUGAAGACGACAAGCGCACGCUUCGCGACAUAGAGAGCUUCUACAACACCACCGUGGAGGAGAUGCCCAUGAACGUGGCUGACCUCAUUUAGAAAUGUCCACUGAACCCCUCAAAAGGAGGUCCCUCCUCUCCUGCCCCCCUACCCACCAGACACAAACAUCCUUUAACUUCUCCAAAGACCUCCUCCCUUCUCCAAAUUUAUGCUCCAAUGCAAAUGCAGAAGCCAUAAAUGUCUCCCUUGGGACUGUGGAUUCUAUUGCACGCGGUUGCCGUUGAAUAAAAUCCACAGUUCUCCAGGCUGGCAUCAGAACCUGGCCAGUGUGUUCAUACAUUACUCCUUAGUCACCUUGCCUGUCCAGGACUUUUCUUUCCUCGCCUGAAACUCUUCAUCUCCAUUUACCCCCUUCCUACGCAUUAAGAUUGCGCAAUUUCCAGCACCCGACGGAGCCGUUUGAGACUCCAGGUGGUGAAAAUGAAAAUGGACACCCUUGUAGGCCAGUAAAAGUGGUAUCGCUUCCCCAUAAUGGCUCUGAUGGCCGCACUUCGGUGGAUCCACUGCCCUCCAUUUUCUCUCAACUUCCCCAACACUGAAGUGUUACUGUUGCAACUGUCUGGGGGCUGUUGUAAUGGAGGGAAAAAUGGGGUCCUUGCACAAUGUUUUUUUUUUUUUUUUUUUUUUUUCCUUUUUUUUUUUUUCAAUAUACAUAUGAAUGUUUUUACAGUAUUCAAUAAAUGAUUUAAAAAAAUGAGCAGUGAGUCAGUUUGCUGUGCAAGAUUAUAAUGACAAGCAAGUAUCAGACUUGUGCAUUCGCAUGGUCCAGGUACCGUUUUCAAUUAGUGUUUAUCUAAAAGUUGUACAAUACGAUUAGUAGAUUGGUAUUGGGGUGGGGUGCGACUCAGAAAUGGGGCAGUGGACCUGCAGAAAUGUUGUCAUCAGGCACUCAUGGAGGAAAUGCUGUUUGAGCUGUGUUUACGAUGGUUACUUUAGUUUUGUUUACUUUAAAGUAUGAAACGGUGACCGUGUAGUAUUUCUGCUUUUGAUAUUGUAUAGUUUUAAAUAAUGUCCCAAGAUAAAAAUAGAAUUUAAACAAAUUUACAUUUGAAAUGGACACUGCUCACUAUGGAGGAGGCUGCUUUUAGUGGUCUUGAGAUUUUUAGGGGUUGGGGUCCUACAUCUGCACUGUGGAAGUGGUGGUCGUUUGACUUUGCAAGGUUGUUGGACUUACAGCAAACCCAUAUAAACAUGCACACCGCCACAAUAUUCACAUUUACAUCAUUUUACAAAUUUGCGGGUGGGGUGCAACUUCAAUAAAACUGCAAUGAACAAAUAAA